UGUGGGUUUUAUUCUAAAACAGCUGGAGCAGAAUAAGCACGCAAACAAACUUAUUCAUCAAUAAGCAUCUUAAUGAUCGAUUGCUGGAUUGUUGCUGCCGAUUAAAGGGGCACCGCUUUGGCAUUUCAUUUGCUGUCAUCCUAACAAGAGUUUCAUUAUGGAUUUACAACCUUGCGGUAUUUGAGCAGUGCGUGAUCUCUGUGCGGGAGCUAGGAUCCCUGAUGCAGUGUAAGCACCAGCAGCUUCUGGUUUUCGCCAAGCCGCCCUCGGCUCACCCAAAACCGGACACGGUGUGAACGAGGAGUCGGUGCCGCGGAAAGCUCCUCAUGGCGCAACGGUACGAGGAUCUGGUACACUACGGCCAGGACGGGCUCGGUUUAGCGGCUUCGGCGGGGUUCGGUCCCGUAGGCCCCGCACUGCAUCACCCGCACCACCACUAUCCUCCACUGGCGGUUCCCGCUGUGAGUCCCGCUGUUAACGACGCGCUUAAACGCGACAAAGACGCCAUUUACGGACACCCGCUGUUUCCGCUGCUUGCGCUGGUGUUUGAGAAAUGUGAAUUAGCGACAUGCACACCGAGAGAAAGCGGCCUCAGCCAAGGUCUGCCUGCUGAUGUCUGUUCAUCCGCCUCCUUCGACGAGGACAUUAGCGUCUUUUCAAAACAGAUUAGGGCACAGAAGCCUUAUUUUACACCCAACCCAGAGCUGGAUAAUCUGAUGGUGCAGUCUAUACAAGUGCUACGCUUUCAUCUGCUAGAAUUGGAAAAGGUUCACGAGCUGUGUGAUAAUUUUUGUAACCGGUAUAUUAGCUGUCUGAAAGGAAAGAUGCCCAUGGAUUUAGUGGUGGACGACAGAGAAGGAUCUUCCAAAUCUGACAGCGAGGAAUUCACCCGAAGCUCCGGAGCAGCAGAUCAGUUGAAGAGAAGGCACAUAUCCAAUGCAGGAACCAUUUUGGGAGCCCAGAGACCCCUUUGUGACCUCCUGGAUCACAGUGCUGCUUCACCAAGCACAGGAGAUGAUGAUGAGACAGACAAAGAUAGAAGAAACAACAAAAAACGAGGGAUUUUUCCUAAAGUGGCAACCAACAUCAUGCGAGCAUGGUUGUUCCAGCAUCUAACACACCCAUACCCGUCUGAGGAGCAGAAGAAGCAGUUAGCACAGGAUACAGGUCUCACCAUUCUACAGGUCAACAAUUGGUUUAUCAAUGCCAGGAGGAGGAUCGUCCAGCCGAUGAUUGAUCAGUCGAAUCGCGCAGUAGGUCACAGUGGGCCAUACACCCCUGAUGGGCAGCCAGUGGGAGGAUACAUGCUGGACGGACAGGCUCACAUGGGCACCAGAGCUCCAGGCUCAUUGGGUGGGAUGGGCAUGGACAGCCAGUGGCACUACAUGUAACAAAUAUUUAUCCUUUCCAGUCAGAAAGCACCAAAGAGGGCAUAUUGUCAACACUACAAAUCCCAGAAGCCUGAUAAAUUACCUGUGUGGUUUAAGGUAUGCCAGUGCCUCACCACCACCAAAGAAAGACUGCAAAGACUGCUGCAGCAGGACAUUAAGAGACGGCUUGUUUAAAAUAGACACUCCCAACUGGAGUUUUGUGUGGACUGGAGAAGAAACCAUAUCAGUCAAAAAAACAUGACAGAAAGAAUGAAAACACUUUUACACCUGGCCUUACCUGCUUUAGGUCUGGAGACUGGAUCAUGUUCCUUUUCCUAAGUCACCUUAAAGAAAUGCUGCAACACAAACCCACCAAAACAUUUUCUUCAGCGUUCUGACUUGUUUGGAGGGCAACACCAGUGAUCUGCAUUUAUAUUAUUUAUUUUUUACCUUGCAAGCAUAAACGGCUAGCGGAGAAACUGGAGUUAGAAAGACUCUCUGAAGAGAGUAUUUUACUUAAACAAAAUCCAGCAAACCAGUCAAGUGUUUGAAAGGUAUACACUUUUAAGUAAAAAAAAAAAAACUACAAAAACAUCUGAUGCUCAGUACAGUUUGAUUCAAGAAAAAAAAAAAGAUACGAAAAAGAUUAAACUUCUACAGCCAAAAGAUUACCAGGUUUAUGAUAAACAUUAACAUCAUUGCAAAAGCAAGUUUCACAGUCAUUUGUUGGUAUUUAGUAAAUAAUACUUUUUGGAGAAACCCUACACUGUCCAUGUGAGGUUUUAAGCACUGUCUCAAUGCUAAUUUACACCCCAUUCUCAUAAAUAGGCUGCACCUCUGCUACAUAAAUAUGUGCACAUAUCUAGUUGCAUCUAUUUGCAUGGAUCUAAUGAGAAAAUUGUUAAAGUAAUUAGCACCAGGUACAUUCAUUAAUUUUUAAUUUCUGUGAUUAGCUCCACGGGCUUUGUUAAACUGAAAAGCCCCACUAGUGCUGCAUUGAACUAGAUCUCAUCAUUAUUUCCUACUAGGAAAAAAAACUCUAAAUUUAGAAUUCCUUUAAGAAAAGUCGGGGAGGUGUCUAAAACUUCAAAUUAUACAUGUGACAUCAUAUCAGUAUAGUUGUUUAAACCCUUAACAGUAGUAAAUGUGACUGUUUUAGUGUUUGCAUUAAAUCAAUCAACAUACAGACACAGUAGUUAGUCAAAUUUAUAACACGUGGACUAUAUAAAUAUACAGUAUAUGUAUGUUUAUAAGCUUUUGGUGCUCUGACAAAGCAAAGAAAACUAGGUUCUGUGGAGGUGAUUUUUUACUUUAUAACUGAUAAGUUGAAUCUAGGAUAAUAUCAAGCGCUAUGCUAAUUUACCUACAUUUUACAGUCAUGUAGAAAUUCAGCACUAACAAAAAAGCUUAAUUUGUUUUGCUUUGUUUUGUGUAUGUUAAAAAACCCCAAGUAUCAAAACUAAAACAUGUUAAAGCAUCAAACUGAUAAACACGUCUGCAAGUUUUUUAAUCAUGUGUUAGUUAACAUAGCAAAGUGGUCACAUGACAUGCUGGUGUGGGUUACUUUAAUUGGUUUUAAAACUGUGAAAUUGCUGGUCAUAAAACUGGCCUCCUUGUAAAAAAAACUACAUUACAAUAAAAUUCCUUCAGUAAAAGAACAGGCUGUGUUCCAAACUGCACACUGCGAUACUGAAUAGUAUGUCAAAUUAGCAAACUAGUUAAGAAAAUAAAACCAUCAGAUAACUGUUAGUACAUAGUAUAUAAUUUAAAACAAAGCUGUGAAAAAAUCUUUUUUCCCCCCGCAUUUCAUAGUGAUGUAACGAUAUGUGACAAUUUGGUUCUUUACAUUCCGGGUGCUGUCAUUACAAAUAUUUGUUCAGGGAAAAACCAAAAGCAGUUCUCAUUAAUGAGUCAUCAGACGAAGUAUUCUACUUUCUGUCAAUCAUUUUAAAUGCAUAAAUAAAGGGCUGUAUGUGACUGUUUUUAUUUAGUUAGCUUCAUUAAAAACCUUUUAAUGAAUUCCUUUUAAAGGAAUUCCUAAUAAUAUGAUUUCCUGUUUUGUCUUUUUAUUGAAAUAAUUUCACUGGUGUUGCCCUGCUCAUGAAUUUUUUGAUGGACCUGAAACAUUUUUCUCACCAGCAGCAGCGGGAUGGCAGUACAGACUGAAGGACACAUUUAAGGAGAGAGGAUUUUUAUUUGCAUUGAGAAUAAAACUACAUAAACAAUGACCUGAAGGUUGAAAUGCUGUAACAGAUGGAACGGUUUAAUUUUAGAUGACACAAGCACGAAGCUUGCAGAUUUAAAGGACAUUGUAUAAUUUUGUAGUGCUGCAAACAAACAUGAGCAAAAUAAUGUUUACUUUUAAAAACCAGUACCCAAUGCAUUGCAGUUUAAAUGAAUGUGUUUGCAUUUUUUUACAUGAAAUGCUGCAUUGCAAUACAUAUCUCGAUAAAUUACGGUGCUCAAAAUGACCCAAAUAAGACAAUUAAUGAUUGUAAAUGUUCUGGUUCUGAUUGGUACAUCAUAUUUUGGCACUAUGUGUGUUUCUGUGUGAGAGUGUGUGUAUUGUUUUCAUAAAACUUCUUACCUCAAUAGAUGAUCUAAAAUGGC